GGUGGUCUUCCAGCCUCGAUGGGCCAUCGCCAUCAGCCGCCUCUUCCAGCCAGCAGUGUUGUUCGAAGUUGACACCAAAGAGAAAAUCGUCGGCCUCACAAUCGACGAUGGCCCUAAUGGGAAAUUCACCAGCGAGACUCUGGAUAUUCUCAAGGAGCACGGGUGUUCAGCCACCUUCUUUCUUAUCGGGUCUAACAUUGAUAAAUACCCUGACCUCGUGGAGCGCAUGGUGCAAGAUGGGCAUGAAGUGGCGAAUCACAUGAUGGCGGACUAUCCAGGCUGCCUGCUCUCCACCAAGCAGUUCAUGGCAUCCAUGCUCGAAGUGGACGCCAAGCUCCACCGCUUCUUCCCUCUUGACUCCCAUGGCCGUCAAAUCAAGUGGUUCAGACCGGGCUAUGGCUUUGCCACGCCACACAUGCAGCACAGGGCGCGCAACCACGGGUACAGGCUCGCCCUGGGCUCUGUGUUCCCCCUGGAUCCGCUUUUUAAGGGGCGCGGGGCCAUCCUUGCGCGCUUCUGCCUGUGGAAGAUGUAUCCAGGAGCCAUUAUCAUUCUUCACGAUCGCCCGCAGCAGGGCCCACAAACCAACCAUAUUCUGCGGAUUUUGCUGCCCAACUCGCCUCCUCCCACUUCCGAGCCUCCCUCGCCCCCUUCCGGCUCGAAAAACUCCCCUCCGGCAAAAGCCGCUUCAGCCAAAUCAUUACCGCUUACAACCGCACUUACCACGUCUGGUAUUAACACUCCUUCCGCCACCCCUCGGCGGGGGGAGCGCAUGGGUCCCCCUCCCGCGAAGCGUCCGCGUCCUCGCCGCGCGCCAGUUGUUCUUGACGAGGACACUUAUAUCGAAGCAAUCGAGCGGAUCGUUCAGCGGGAUUACUUUCCGGAUCUUCCGCGGCUCCAGAACCGGCUGGAGUGGUUGGAAGCGGUGCGAUCCGGUGAUCCUGUGCUGAUUCGCGAGGCGCAGGUGAAUAUUUUACGAAGACGCGCGGAAGCUUCUGCUGCUGCUGGUGGAGGGUCGAGCCGCGGGAGCGAGGGACGGAGUGACUUACGUAGUGGAUUAAGGAGCGGUCGAGGCGGUUCCACCCUAUCGACUCCCGCGCUUUCCGCGGGCGCGCCUAGUCCCGCGCCUAGCCUCUUAUCCGAAGGCGAUCUAAGGACGUCGGAGUGGGAUAGAGAUGAGGAGAGACUAACAGGACGAAGGAUAGGUAGCAGGGGGAGAGUAGAGGGUGAUGCAGCAGCAGCAGCGGCGGCGGCAACGGGGAUGGAAGGAGAGGGGGGGAUCGGAGAGGGAGAGGGGGGCGGAGGACCCGAUACAAGCCUGUCGCUUGACGAAUUCGUUAAGAGGUACACCAGCGAGGAUAACGCUUCGUUUGUGGAGAUUAAGAAGAAGGAUAAUAAGCGGCGUAUGGCUAAGGUGUCACACCUGCUGGCUUUGGAACAAGGACCAGGGGGAGGAGCGGAAGGGGGGAAAGGGGGUGAAGGCGGGGAAGGGGGAAAGAUUGGUAUGGGGCAGACAGGGGUGAAGCAGCUGACUGGCUCAGGAGAAGCGGUGAAGCUUAUAACGGGGACGGGUGAGAACGAGGAUCGGAAAACGGAUGGGUUUGGGUCGUCGGGGCAAACGACCAGUACACUAGAAACGUGGAAAUACACUGCGCGUAAUGCGCUAAUGUAUCCACCUGCUUGUAGAGAGGAUGCCCCUUUUUCCGUGAGAGAAAAGGAGCUUCGAUCAGCAGGACCACCUAAGGAAGUCCAUAAAGCGAACACGAGGUUUCACGGUAGUGUUACGGGUGGUGGUAACCAGACGGCGCAGCAGCAGAAGCAGCCUCCAGAGGAAAUAGCUGCGACUCUGUUCACGCCGUUACCGGGGGGAACUCCCCUGCCUUACAUAGACCCUUCGGGGGAACGCGAUGGGAGGAAAAGAUACGAUUUGGAGGAUUUGAGGAGAACACCUGUAGGAGCGGGGAUAGCAGGAGGAGCAGGAGGAGCAGGAGGGGCAGGAGGGGCAGGAGGGGCAGGAGGAGGAGUGGGAAGAGGAGGAGACGGGAGAGGUCAGCAGCAGUCAGAAUACGACUAUGUAGCAACACCAUCUCCUGCUCCUGGCGUUGAUGCUUCCCCGUUCAUGACCUGGGGAGAGCUAGAUGGCACGCCUCUGCGUUUAGACGCUGAGGACACUCCAGUGGGGUUCAAUGAGGUGGGAGGGGUGGGUGCUGGGGGCCCUCAAUUCACCAUGGCUGCUGCUCCAGCGAGGGACGAAGCAGGGGUGCAGCUGUCUAGGUCCGCGGGAAGGAGCAUUCGAGAGAGGCGGCUGCGCGCUGCUGGGUUGACGCCGGUGCGAGGGGUUGGAGGAGCAGGGGGAGGGGGAGGGGGAGGAGGAGGAGGGAUGAUGUCUCCUUUUGUGUCUCCUGGGUUGAAAGGGACGCCUGGUGGUGGUGCUGCUGGGAUGGGCGCGUGGGGAGGGCAGAGUCAAUUGGUAAGCGGAGGAGGGGGGUUAGGAGGGCCGUCGGGAGGGGGAUUAUCGGCAGCAGCACAGAAGCUGGUGUCUCGGGCUAUGAAGCGGAGUAAAGUGAUUGUUGAUCCGAAGCUGAGAGCGAGUUACUCUGCUUCUCCUGCCGGGACUGGGAGUGUGGGGAGGGAUGGGAGGAGCAGGAGUAGGAGCAGGAGCAGGAGUGUUGUGGGGACUCCGGAGCAGAGGAGAGGGGGGUUGGGGACGCCUGGGUCUGUUGCUGCUGGUGGUGGUGCUGACUCGCCUGUUGUAAUUCGGUCGCUGAGAGGGACUGUUCUGAAUCCCAUCGCUGCCACGCCGCCACCAUCAAUGCUGCAGAAGAAAUGA